AUGCAACUUAUUGGCGUAAUCAAGCUGGUCGCAGCACACUACGUGAUAAUACAGCCAUACGUCAACACCAACUCCAUUUUAUCAGGGAAACUCACAUUUAUACCAAAAGCACAGAAUGAUCAGGGAAUUUGGUCAAUGGACUUCAAUGGGGACAUGUUCAGAUUGCGAUACAAGAGCAAAUACCUGGAGCCAUCUGAUGGACGAGCAAUACUGGUAGGCGGAGAUGAGAACAUGAGGAAGCUUGCGAAGACUGAGAGUCUCGAGCCACUUCUCAGGGCACUUGGAAGCGAACACGCCUUUGAUGAUUCGAGCAGCUCGAACUCCAACUCGUCCACCGACUCAUCCGACUACAGUGACAAGAAUAAGAGAAUUAGACACGAAAUAGCCAAUGGGGUGAGUCCAGGAAUGUACCAGGAUGGCAGCGGCAACUACAAAUCAAGCGAGAAGAAGCGGAACAAGGACAUGAAGAAGAGACAGGAUGCAGAAAAGAAGGUUAGAAGUUCAAGAAAAAAUGCAAGGGCGAAUACGAAUUCGUCUGAUCCAGUGGUAGUUAGGCUCCUAGGAAAAAAGAAGUCGGAUGCAGCACCAAAGAGCAGUGGCCUAGAAAAGAAGAAGUCGAACAUGGCAUCAAACCAAUACGACAGUGUUGUGAACGAGACACAGCAGAUGCAGAUGAGUGGAGAUGGCUUCCACUUCCAUCUGAUACCAGUCUUCCACAACUCAUUCAGCAAGAAGAUCAUCAUCCGAUACAUGGACAGCUGUCUGACCAGUAACAUGGAGUUCAGGCCGUGUUCGUUCACCAACUGGUACAACCUGGCUGCCAAAUACUACUGGCACAUUUAUCCUACAGUGAAUAACACGCAUCUUACGAAAAUAAACGACUACUUGCAGAAGGUGACGAUGAACUUGGCUACGAACAAGCGGAAGGACACAAUCAACCUUGACGAGCUGCUUGCGAUGCAGGGAAUGUACGACGAGACGAAGAUGCAGCAAAGCAGCUCAUCGGACGACGAAUACGAGGAAUGUAAGAGAAACUGUAAGGAAUGCUUUGGUGGAAGCGACUCAAGCUCAUUCAGCAGCUCAGACCAGCUGAAUGGGUCGUAUAACCAGUGUGGAGCCACGCCAAUGGAGCAGAAUUGCAUGCCAAUGCAAAAUGGUGGAAUGGGAAUGGGCGGAAUGAGUUGCAAUGGGCUGAAUCCAAACUGUGGUAACACAAUGGACUGUACGAACGUACACAACGGAUUUGACGAAGACUGCUGCUCCAGAAGACGUAGGAGGAAAUAA